ACAAGAAGUCCUUCAAUUUCUCAAAACAAUUCCUUAGAAAAUUUUCUUCAUGGCUGCUCAAAACCAUGUGCAAAUUACCAUCCCUAAAGAACAUGACAACCAAAACCAAAACCAAGUCCCUGAAGAGGACUUUGACUACUCCCAAAGGGGUCAGUGGCUUCGAGCAGCUGUGCUAGGAGCCAAUGACGGCUUGGUUUCAACUGCAUCUUUGAUGAUGGGUGUUGGAGCUGUCCAAAAGAAUGUCAACGCCAUGAUCCUAACCGGCUUUGCUGGGUUGUUUGCUGGUGCUUGUAGCAUGGCCAUAGGGGAGUUUGUUUCUGUGUACUCUCAACUAGACAUAGAGCUAGCUCAAAUGAAGAGGGACAAAACAACAGGAGGACAGAACCAAGAACAUCAACAACAACAAGAAGAAGGCAACAAGGAGCAGCUGCCAAAUCCAUUUCAGGCAGCCGUAGCCUCAGCUAUUGCAUUUUCACUGGGUGCCAUUGUGCCAAUUCUUGCUGCUGCAUUUAUAGCAGAUCAUAAGGUGAGGCUAGCUGUGAUUGUGGCUGCAGUGAGUUUGGCAUUGUUAGCAUUUGGAGGAAUUGGUGCUUUUUUGGGCAGAAGUCCUAUGCUGAAAUCCUGUGCCAGAGUUUUAAUUGGUGGCUGGAUGGCUAUGGCCAUUACCUUUGGCCUUACCAAACUGAUUGGUUCUACUGGCUUAGAGAUGUGAUUGGAACUUUAUGAUUCCUGUCUCUUGUGCUAGUUUCAAGUUAUCUGUUUAAGAAAUUUCUGCUGCAUUGUUGACUAAAUUUCCUGACUAAGACUAAAAUAAAUGCAAGAAAUAUCUGUGUUAUAAUUCUGCUGCAAAUGCUUAAGAAUGGUAUUGCCGCGUUCUC